GUCGGAGAAGAUAAAUACUACUCCCUCCAUUUUUUUAUAUAUGACGUUUUAGAAUUGUGCACAUAGAUUAAAAAAUAUUUAAUUUUUAAACAAAAACAUCAUUAAUUGUUUACCUAACCACAAUUUAACCAAUAAUAAAAUAAAAACUAUAAUAUCAUUGGUUAUCUAGCAUUAAUUAGUAAUAAAUUUUACAUAGAAAAUUAAAAACGUCAAAUAAUUUAGAACAAAAAGUUUCUUCUAAAACGUCAUAUAUAAAAAAACAAAGAGAGUAUGUAAUUAGCCAUUUGAUAAAUUAAAAUUUGAGACCGACCCAAAUUAAAAAAAAUACCAACCUAACCCAAUGAAAUACAACUAUAUUCCAAUCCAGUUACUUCCUUCCUCAUUCUCUUUACUGAAGAAAACCAGAGAACGAAAUCAAAAGAUAUUGAAGUGAAGGGACACCAUUCGAUAGAGAUAAACAUGUAAGAUUCAUUAAACCCAGUAGAAAGAUGUUUUGGUUUUCUCCGAUUGUGAGUGAUUGACUGGUUCUUCGAUAGAUGGAUCUAAAAUCGGGAUCAUCAAGAAACAGUAGGAACAGAAGUUAUGAUGGUCGGAAAUUAUGUGUUUGUCGGUUGCCAAUAAAGGUUUUCACGGCUUGGACAUACAAGAGUCACGGUCGAAGGUUCUUUGGGUGUGAAUUGUACAAGGUGUAGAUCGAACAAAUGAUAUUUGGAUGUUGUUGGUAAUGGGAUGGGUUUGUAACAUGUUUUGUUGUGUCAUUAGGAAGGAUGAUCGAAACUAACCGGUUUUUUUUCCUUAUACUAAGCGAGAGUGAGAGAGGUGAAAUCGAAACUAACCGGUUUUAUUUUCGGUACGAUCAUUUUUGGUUCAGUUCUGCGCGUGUCAACAAACCACUAGUCCCUUUUAUGUUGCUGGCUGGCGCUUAAAAUAAGGAAACGACGCCGUUCCGUUGGCCGUGUUUUUCCAACUAACAUUCAAAGAGCUUCCUCUAAACUCAGCUAACGUUCAACGAAACAAUUGGUCUCCUCUCCUCUCUUUCCUUUUCAUCGCCUUCUUCAUCACUACAGACAAGCUCAUCUUAAGCACGGACCUUGAUCCAUCCAACGUACCCUACUUUGACACGUGUCUCUUUUAGUGUCAACGAGUCUCAGCGAACUGAUCUGAUACGACGGAUACACCAACGAGCCACAACCAUAAACCGGAUUCGGACAAUCACCGGAUCUUCUUAACUCAUUAGAAAGGGUACCUUCCUAAAAUCAUUUUCAGAACUUCAGGUUUUGCUUGAACUCUCUCACCGUUGAUUACUUUUUUUAUUGAGAAUAAUGGAUGUGAAAGAGAGUGAAAGAAAUGUAGUAGCAAAACCAGUGGCUUCAAGGCCUUCAUGCUCUAGCGUCAGGACAUUCACUGACCUUCUGGCUGAUUCAGUUACUGUCUCUCCACAAUCGAACUGUCACGAGACUGUAGACGCUUCUAUAAUACCAAAGACUGAGAGGUUUAAACAGCCAGCUUCAGCUUCUGUCUCAUCUCCACGGGUGGAAGGAAGUGGCGAUGUAAAGUCUUGUGAUGAUUCAGAGAGCAAAAGUUACGUCAUUUAUAAACCUAAAGCAAAGCUUGUCUCCCAAGCAACCGUCUCUGCGUUGGCUAAUAUGCUUCCGGGAAAUUGUCAACAGACUUGGAUAAAAAGAGAAGCAGUAGCGUACGGGAAGCGUGUGAGCCAAGGCACGCAUCUAGCGGUUCCUAACCUAGUCCCGAGAGUUCCAACCUUUAAAGAAUCAGAGACAUCCAUUGGGGAUAGAUCUUACGUGGACGGAUACAACUGGAGGAAAUACGGACAGAAGCAAGUCAAAGGAAGUGACUCUCCAAGGGGUUACUACAAAUGCACACACCCCAAAUGUCCUGUUAAGAAGAGAGUAGAGAGAUCAUCAAUGGGAGGUCAUGUUUCAGAGAUUGUGUAUCAAGGUGAGCAUAAUCACUCUAAACCCUCUUGUCCUCUUCCACGGCGGGCUUCAUCUUCAUCCUCUUCAGGGUUUCAGACACCAUCUGAAGAAUCAAUGGGGCAAGAACCUAACCCUCUUUGGAGUGAUCAAGAGAAGAUGAAUGAAGGGUGUGUUAUAACACCAUUCGAGUUCGCUGUUCCAAGAACAGCAAACUCAACUGGUGGAACUUCAGACUCCGGUUGUAGAAGUAGCCAGUGUGAUGAAAGAGAGCUUGAUGAUCCAAGCAGAAGCAAGACAAGCAUGAAGAACGAGACGCAAUCAAGUGAAGCUGGAGUAUCGCAAAGCUCAGGGGAAUCAGACAGUCUCGAAGAUGGAUUCAAGUGGAGAAAGUACGGACAGAAAGCAGUUGGAGGGAAUGCGUAUCCGAGAAGUUAUUACAGGUGCACGAGCGUGAAUUGUAGAGCAAGGAAACGCGUGGAGAGAGCGAAUGAUGAUCCAAAAGCUUUCAUUACAACCUACGAAGGUAAACACAAUCAUCACCAUUUGCAACUGAGGCCUCCAACUUCUUCUACUCUUCCUUUUAGCUCCCCACAACAUUCUAAUCAAGCCAUUUAAUGAUCUCCACUUGUCUUCUUCAAUCUUCAUUGCAAGUUUACUUACAUUAUCUUUCUUGUUAACCAUUGUGGAUUUGUUUAUUUACAUCAAUGUUUCAAUGACAACAAGACAUUAAUGACA